CCUCGAGCGCUACAGAUCAACCAGUCAAUAUUUUGAGCUAGUUGUUUUUGUCGAUUUAAGAAGCUGAAUUUACUGGUAUAGUUCGCAAAGUUUUAUCAUGCCUACAGCUUAUUACUCGCGACAGUAUCGAAGCGAUCGUUUCAACGACCGCAUGGCCAACACAGACUGCUUAAGCGAAAAUGGGACAUCACACUCGAUGGCAAGAAAGCAGUUUUCAGGCGAAGGGGCAGUACGAUCAAGUACUAAAAAUGAUUAUGGAAGGCGCACAUCCCACAAGAUUAGAGAAACUUACUUUCUCGAUGAAGAAGAUGGGAUACAACACUUGGGUGUGAAAGAUACGAAUGGUUUUUUGGACGGCUUUUAUUCCAAGGCCAGACGUGAGCAUUCAAACGAAGGCGUAGUACAAACAAGGCCAAAAAAAGGUUAUGGAAGUAAUUAUAGUAUAUCUCAAUCCGGAAAGAAUUCGUUUGCUGAUUAUGGAGACGAUGCAUUUAGCCGAACACAAGAUACCUCACCAAAAUCAUCAGCAUCAACAUCAUUAACUUAUCAUGCAAGACCAGGAAGACAUGAAAUAAAAACUAAAACAGACCUUGGGAAAUUGAAAGAUACAAGUGCCUUCCGACCUGUUAACUACGGGAAUGUAAUCCAUGAGCCAAAGCGACUGGCUGAGUUUAAGUGGCGGGAAUUGGAAAAUGCAUCGCAAGAAAAAGAAAGACAGUUUUUGCUAAAGUACUUAAAAGAAGGCAAAUUUCAAGACGUACCUGUGAAUUGUACAACAACGAAUAUAGGAGACCAUCUGCUCUACCCAGGAUCAUUUCUUGGAAAAUCUUACGAGCACCAUUUCGUGUGUGUUGGUGUCCACAGCGACGGGAUCGAAGUGAUCGAGUAUACCAGUCAAUACUCCAGUGAGGCAGCAUCGUCACGUUCAUCUUCCUCCUCAAAUCCGCUGGCGUUUGCCAAAAUCCAAAAAGGAUAUAAAACGUUUCAAGAGCUAAAGGAAAAAAAGACCAAAAAGCGACUUUGGCCAAAGGAACUGGAAAGAUUUGAUGACUAUGAAGUUGUUUCACGUGCUGAAAACAGAAURGAGAAAGAAAAAGAAGGCAGGUGGUAUAAUUUAUUUACCAACAACUGUGAGAGCUUUGCCAACUGGUGCAAGUGUGGUCUGAACGUUAGCUUGCAAGUGAAGCCACAAUACAAGACCUCUUGGGAAGCUUCUCUUGGAACUGCAGGCGCGUUUAUUGGUUCUGCACUUGGACCUGUUGGAAAAAUUGUUGGAGGUGCAAUUGGUGCAACCGUAGGCCAUUUUGUAGGAGCCGCAGUGGGUUGCUGCUACAAGAAUGCUUCAAAAAUAAAGCAGUUCGUACAAAAGAAGGUUUUCUCACCAGUGAAAAGGUUUUUUAAAUCUCUUUUUUMAUAAUUUCAACAUUGGUACACCAUUCAUAAACUAUCACGUGAUAAGUUAAUGUAAAGAGGUGUAAACAUACUGUCAUGUGAUUUGCUAAUGAGGAGAGUGAGUGUAGAUAGAACAUGAUAGAUACAAGAAUAACCACAAGGCUGUACUGUCAACAUACUGUCAGGUGAGAUGUUGUAGGAGGGCGAAUCUCGCUUUAGAACUUUUAAGAUAGAUACAGUAUGUUGAUAUAAUUUAGAAUACUCUUAGGAUGGCACUAUUUGUCAAUAUAAGAUAUAAGGGGCGUAGCAUUUAUUGCGCAAGUGCUUAAAAUAAUAGUCAUGUUGUCGUGUUUUGAGUUAACUUAGUGCGUAUUGCAAACAUAUGCAAAACUCUAGGGUUUUUUUCGUAGAUUAUUUGAGUUCUGACGUCAUGGCUGGCGUACUUACCAAAGUUAUACAAAGCUACGUCCAUGGACGUAUGUGAAAUAUUGCAUAAGGCGAUUCAGUAUAUCGUUACGUUUAUAUUACGUGAAUUACACUUAGUAGAUCUUACUCUUUUGUUUUAAGGAACAGAAAAAAUACUUUAAACUGUGCGCGGUAUAUCGCAUUUAUCGUCAAGUACAAACUUUAGAGAAUUUGUGCGCUGAAAGUAAGACAUUCUCCAGCCUACCGAUGGACGGUACUUUCAACUCGUGCACCAACGGAAAUGCCUCGCUCUGGGGUGCCCAUAAUUGAGCCGAAGCGGGGAGAGCAAGGAUUCUUGAAUUCUUGUUAUGAUGAAGUAGUAAAUUUCAGUUUGAAUAUUUGAGGUUCGCAUAGACAAUUAAGAACUCCAACAGAAUGCGGACACCGAUGUAACGGUGUAUUACAUUGCGAUUUUUAUGAAAACUACAACUACAUUACAUCGCGUCCUCUCACCCCAGAGCGAAGCAUUUCCGUUGGUGCACGAGUUGAAAGUACCGUCCAUCGGUAGGCUGGAGUAUUUUGAUCUUCUGACUAAAAUAUCUCGAAAAAUAUUUUUCACUGGAGGCUGAACAUUGGUGGUAAGUGAGAAUAGGUAUUGAUCGAAAGCUGUACGGAGUGUGAUGUCCAUUGGAUGAAGUUAAAGGUGUCUUAGAGAUUGAAG